AACCAUGAAGAGAAUAGCACCAUUAAUCUGGCAGUCGGGUAGAAUACUACUACCACAUACAUCAAGAAUACCUAGACGCAACCUAUUCAUUUCUCCUAGGCUAUCCAACAUUUCUAAGGAUGACCUGAAAGAUACAAACAAACAGGAUGCCCCAGAAAUGCCUAGCUGGGGAGACCUCUUUCUGGACUUGGAAACAGAAGGAGUAAAGCAGUCAGACAAAGAUUUAGUUAACGAUGUUGACGGAUUUGAAUAUAUUAACGAAAACUGCGAAGAAGGCGUCCCUGUUUCUAAACAUGAACAAGAAUUAUUUGAACUUGAAGAUGAAGCUGCUACGGAAUUGAAUGAAGGAAACGCGAAGGCUUCUAGUCCAUUUGAACAAUUGUUUUCCAAUAUAGAAACUGUAAAUCAGGACCGUGACGCCAAGUUGAAUUCAUUGUUGGAUAUGGACAUGGCCCAAACGAAAUCUGAUGAAAAGUUGAACUCAUUACUUGACAUGGACAUGUUUCUCAGUGAGGACACAGCGCUAGAGAACGCCACAAAGACGAGAUUGGUGGAUGAAGAGAACUAUCCGAUUUUUCAAAACUUGCUCAAACCGCAGUUUUCGCUCGCGAGAGACUUGGGGAAGUUCACCAAAGAUGCGUAUGAUGAAGUUGAGCCUGUAAAUGCCGACUAUGUGAGGAAAAAGUUGGAUACUGAGAGUUCCUUGGCUAGUAAACGAAUCACGAUUUUGAAUUUGGACUUUAGGUUAAGACAAGACUUGUUUGAAAAGACGGCAAGUGCAUUGGCACCCACGCUUGGUAUCAUGAACAAUUCGGAGACAAGCGAGCAGUUGUACAACUUUAUCGCACCUUUGUUAACGGAUGUAUCCCACCAGUUGAAAUCGAACGCUAAUGACAUUUACUUGAGAGAUAUCUUUGUUGAUAAGAAUAAGCAUCGAUGGUGUGAUGCCCAUGAAGAGUUGAUGAAGAGUAUCGCCAAGUCAUCCAAAGAGUCUCCCUCUAAACCAAUGGUCAACGUAUUGACCAUCCCUACUAUUCUCAACCACGCUCUCAAACUAUUAACUUUCAAAUUCCACAAUGGUCAAUUGGCACUUGCCCUCUUCAACAUGCUCAAGAAGGACCCUCAAUUAUAUAAUUUCUCAUGCAACCAAGGAACAUACAACGAAAUCCUUCGUAUUCACUGGGUCUACUUUGGUCAUUUGGACUUGCGUGAAUUCGAAAAGACUAUAGUGGAGAUGAACUUGCUUGGAUACAAGGGCGACUUUGUAACUUACAACAUUUUACGAACCGUUAUUAACGAAUAUACGGCCAUGCGCAAUGGACACCUGGACUACAACGAGUAUUCCAGUUUAUUCACCCUCGAAGACAAUAUGCGAAUCAAUGAAUUCAAAAACAAGUUUUACGAGCUUAGAACGAUGCUACUGUCGGUAGAACCUAAGCGAGACCCGUACCAAUCUACUGAUACUACUGCUGGUCCCAUGGCUGGUUACUUUAACUUGUAGCUGUAUCUAUGUAUAUAUAUAAUAGUCCUGUAUAUAAGAUUUAUGAAAUUGUGCAUUGGCGCACGACCCGAGGUACAAAUUGUCUGAG